AUGCCCGAGAAAGAAGUUGUGAUUUCGGGGGCGUCACCCAGUCCCUCACAUACAACUGACAAUGCCUUCCCAACAUCGAAGACGCAUACCGGAAAUGCCUGGAUCAAAUUCAUGACAUACCUUCACUGGCAUCCGCCUGACCAAGCCGAGGAAGAGAAGCAGCUCAUCCUGAAACUGGAUCUAAGCAUCUUGAUCUUCGGGUGCCUCUCAUUCUUCACAAAAUACCUGGAUCAACAAUCCAUCACCAACGCCUAUGUUAGUGGGAUGAGAGAAGACAUCGGAUUAAAAGGCGAUGACCUCAACUAUAUAACGGCAACCUUCUGGGCGUCAUAUUGCACAUUCAUGAUUCCGGCAUGCUAUUUCAUGACCCAUUACCCGGCAAACGUUGUACUUCCAGCUUUGGAAGUCGGAUGGGGUCUGUCAACAUUUGGUCUCGCCUGGGCAAGAAAUGUCGAAACUAUCUAUGCGAUGCGGUUCUUCACAGGCGUGUUCGAAUGCUGCUCGUUCACCGGAACAAUCUAUAUCAUCGGAUCGUGGUACAAACCCGGAGAGAUCGGCCGAAGAGUCGCACUUUUCUUCAUUGCGAGUCCUCUUGGGAUAAUGUUCGCGGGAUACCUCCAGGCUGCUGCAUAUACCAACCUAAACGGGACUCAUGGCUUGGCUGGCUGGCGAUGGCUGUUCAUUGUAGAUGCAAUUAUCACGAUACCUAUUGCGCCCAUUGGCUUUUUCGUCUUUCCGGAUGUCCCAUCACGGAAGAAGCCGCUCUUCCUCACGGAAACUGAGCACGAUCUGGCCCAGAAGCGCCUCGAAGGCAUCACCACCCCGCCACAGCUCCGCCUCUCCUGGGACAUAUUCCGUCGCGUCUUGACACGGUGGCAUUGGUACCUCUUUGUUUUUCAGUGGACAAUAAUGGAUCAGAACUUUGCUCCAUCAGGUACACCCUUCUCGCUGUACCUCAAAGCAAAGAACAACAUUUACUCAAUCGUUCAGAUCAACACCUUGCCAACAGUCGCAACCGCCAUAAGUGUCGUUGUCGCCUUUUCAGCUGGUCUAAUCGCUGACAAGACGGGUCGCUUCUGGCUACCAUCAUAUGUGGUGACAAUACCGCUGUUAAUCGGUGUAUCUCUCUUGGUCGCAUGGAAUGUUGGUGAGGCAGGUCGCCUAGCUGGCUUUAUGUUGACUGGUUUCGUUGGAGCAAUCUCUCCCCUGACGAUGGGAUGGGCCACAGUCAUUAUGGCAAACGAUGCUGAGGAGCGUGCCGUCGUUACAGCAAGCAUGAACGCCAUCGGCCAGGCCAUUGCUGCCGGCACACAAAUUGUCCAGUUCCCUGCUUCAAAAGCUCCAAACUUCCACGGAGGCUUCAUUAGUAUACUUGCGACCACCGUAGCACAGCUUGUCUCGAUAACCCUAAUCUUUGUCCUGAGCUCUAGGGACGGGAAAAAGGUUGUUGGAGGGUCUGGCAAAGUUUAA